AUGAAGGAGCAUGGGAUCAAAAAAGUAAAAUUGACAGAAGAAGCCAGGAAGGCUAAAUUGGAAAAGGACAAAAUAAAGAUAGCGAACUACAGAAAGCUUACAAAUCGAAUUUUAGACUUGAGAGAUAGCGGGAACUAUAGCAUCGGAUCACUUAGCGAAACCACUACACUCUUAAACAUAAAUCCAGAAUUUUAUACAGUUUGGAAUUUCCGAAGAGAAAUACUUUUGAGCUUAUUUGAAAAACAAGAACUUGAUAUGAAGCAAGCUUUGGAGGAAGAUUUACAGAUGGUUCUCGCUCAUUUGAAGAGGUUUCCGAAGUGCUAUUGGAUAUGGAAUCAUCGUAUAUGGUGCUUGGGUCAAUUGCAAAAGAAGCAUUUGGCGAACUGGAAAUAUGAGUUAGGUAUAGUAUCCAAGCUACUUGAGUUGGACAAUCGAAAUUUUCAUGGCUGGCAAUAUAGAAGGUAUGUAGUAGAUAACAUGGAAAAAAAUUUGCCGCCAGACCAGGCUUUGGUAGGGUCUUUGCAGAUCAAUAUCAACGAGUUGCAGUAUACUACAACAAAAGUCAACAAGAAUAUUUCAAACUUCUCGGCUUGGCACAACAGAACGAAGUUAAUUCCCAAAAUAUACCAAAUAUUACUGAAAGUAGGGAAAACGGGGCAAUUCGCUGACGAGCAAAUAUUCUCAGAUCCCUACGUAACAUUGCUUCACGAGUUGGAAUUGAUAAAGACAGGAAUGUAUAUGGACGCCGACGAUUCUUCCGUUUGGCUAUAUUUAAGGUGGCUCUUAACUGACGAAUUGUUCGUAAAUGACUUGAAGAGUCAUCACCAAGUGGAACGGAAGAGUUACUCAGAUAUCUUAACACAGCAGUUAGAAGUAGUGGAGGAGUUGAAUGAAUUGGAAAUAGAAGACCACCCACAGCACCUUGAUAACUGCUGGUGUUUGAAAAGCAUUGUUUUGAUCAAGAGUUUGAUUAAUCGAGAGAACAAAAAAGACUUGAUGUCAGAUGAAAUUAAAGAGCUGUUGUUAAAAUUGAUAAAGCUAGAUCCUUUGAGGGAAGGUAAAUACAUAGAUCAACUAGAGAGAAAGGAAUCCAUAAUCUCAUGA